GACCCGCGGCGCCGGCUCCAUGUGGCGCUGGCUGCGCUCCGCCCUGGGGCGGCUCCGCGGCUGCUCCGCCGCGCUGCCCGCCAUGGAGCGGGCCGUGGUGCGAUGCGUGCCCUCCGAGCCCAAGCUGAGCCUGCGGUUGGUGCUCCCCGACGGCAGCGCCAGGCACAUGCAGCGGGACCAGGCGGAGCCGCUGGGCCGGGUGCUGGCCCGCAUCGCCACCAACACCGCCAAGGGCCACGCCAAAGCGGCGAAGAAGAGCAAGAAGGCGCGGGCGGAGAGCGGCCCGGCGGAGGAAGCGGAGGCGCCGGUCGUGCGGCUCUUCUCCCGGGACGGGGAGGCGGUGGCCGAGGAGGUGCCCAACGCGGCGGCCUGGCAGGACGGCGCGGUGCUGCAGAUCGGGGACGCGCGGUACCGCGUGGAGCGCAACCCGCCCGCUCUCACCGAGCUCCAGCUGCCGCGCUCGCUGCUGGCCGGCUUCCCCGUCUGCCCCAAGGUGAGCGCCGAGUUCGCCGCCCCGCAGCACUGCCUGUUCCGCUGGUACCGCGAGCAGCGGCCCGCGGCCGGCGGGGAGGCGGCGGCGGGGGACGGCGGCCCUGGCUGGGUGGAGGCGGCGAGCACCGAACGCGUCUUCACGCCUUCCAACGCGCUGGUGGGGCUGCGUCUGAAGCUGCGGUGCACGCCCGGGGACGGGGCGCAGCGCUACGGGCCGCCCUGCGAGGUGGAGAGCAGCGGCCCCGUGGAGGCCGCGCCCGGAGCCUGCACCUUCGACUCCCGGCACCUCUACACCAAGAAGGUCUGCGGCGAGGGCUCCAUCCGCGCUGUCUCCUACAACAUCCUGGCCGACGCCUACGCCCAAACGGAGUUCUCCCGCACCGUUCUCUACCCGUACUGCGCCCCGUACGCCCUGGAGCUCGAUUACCGGCAGAACCUCCUCAAGAAGGAGCUGGCGGGCUACAAUGCCGACCUCAUCUGCUUGCAAGAAGUGGAUAAGUCCGUCUUCGUGGAUAGCUUGGCUCCAGCCCUCGAUGCUUUUGGACUCGAAGGGCUCUUCAAGAUCAAGGAGAAGCAGCACGAAGGCCUGGCUACUUUCUACCGCAGGGACAAGUUUAACCUCCUCAGCCAGCACGACAUAGCUUUCAGCGAAGUCCUGCUCUCGGACCCGCUGCAAAAGGAGCUGGGCGAGAAGCUGGCCGAGUACCCCCUGGCGAAGGAGAAGGUGCUGCAGAGGUCAUCUGUGCUGCAGGUUUCAGUUCUUCAGUCUAUGAUUGAUCCUUCCAGGAAGAUUUGUGUAGCUAAUACCCACCUAUACUGGCAUCCAAAAGGUGGGAACAUCCGCCUCAUCCAAAUCGCUGUAGCCUUGUCUCACAUCAAGCAUGUAGCCUGUGACUUGUAUCUUAACAUACCAGUCAUAUUCUGUGGAGAUUUUAAUAGUACACCAUCGUCUGGAACUUACAGUUUUAUUAAAAGUGGUGCCAUUGCUGAAGAUCAUGAAGACUGGCUCUCAAAUGGUGAAGAGGAAAAGUGCAAUAUGCCUCUACAUCAUCCUUUCAAACUGCUCAGUGCUUGUGGAGAACCUGCUUAUACAAACUAUGUUGGUGGGUUUCAUGGGUGUCUGGACUACAUUUUCAUUGACAAAAAUGCACUAGAGGUGGAACAGGUCAUUCCAUUGCCAAGUCAUGAAGAAGUAACAACCCAUCAGGCUUUGCCAAGUGUUUCACAUCCUUCUGAUCACAUAGCACUAAUAUGUGACUUAAAGUGGAAAUAGAUGAGCCCUUGCAUGGUGGUUUUCGGGAUUUUCAAACAAGAACAUAAAUUUACUCCUGGGGAAGUGGGGUUACACCCUGACUUGUAUGCAAUUAAAAGGAAAGUCAAAACGGUUCCUCCCCUUCUCCCAC